AAGGGGAGGGUGGCGAGGUUGAGAGGUCGAGGUAUAAAGGUGGAUGACGGAAGGUGGUAGAUGCUAAAACUCGCUACACAGGCACAGAGUGACGGAUUACAGGGACAGCAACACCAGACAACAUACACAGUCAAGACACUGAGACAACCUCAUCCAAUUAAUCACAGACAUGGCAAAGAUCUACAAGAAGACCAGCGGCAACGGAUCGAUUGCUCUCUACCUGGGGAAGAGAGACUUCGUGGACCAUGUGGAGACUGUUGAUAUCGUCGAUGGUGUGAUCAAGGUUGACCCCGCUGAACUUGAAGGCAGGAAAGUAUGGGUGUAUCUAGCAUGCUCCUUCCGUUAUGGUAGUGACGACCUGGACCUGAUCGGGAUGAACUACAGAAAAGACAUCUGGAUACAGAGGCAGCAGAUCUACCCUGCUGUUGGCACCAAACCAGCCAACACCCCCAUGCAGGAGGCCCUCCUGAAGAAAUGUGAGGACCAAGGCCAUGCCUUCACUUUCAAUAUUGAUACCAACCUACCAUGCUCAGUCGGCCUUCAGCCUGCACCAGAAGAUGUCGGCAAGGCUUGUGGUGUCGACUAUGAGGUGAAAGCCUACAUCGCCAAUGAGGCAGACGACCCUGAAGAGAAAAUUAACAAGAAGGACACUUGCCGUCUGAUCAUUCGUAAGAUCCAGUUUGCCCCAGGAACAAUACCUGCUGGACCCCAGGCUGACAUCAGCAAGAACUUCAUGAUGUCUGACAAGCUAGUCCACCUGGAGGCCUCUAUAGAGAAGGAGCUCUAUUUCCAUGGAGACCCAAUCCCUGUAAAAGUCAAAAUCAACAAUGAAACCGCAAAAGUGGUGAAGAAAAUAAAAAUAACAAUUGACCAGACAACAGAGGUGCUGCUUUACCAAGCAGACAAAUAUACCAAGACUGUUCUGAAUGAGGAAUUUGCGGAGGAAGUAAAAGGAGAAUCCACCCUGGAGAAGACGUUCACGGUGAUCCCUCUUCUGUCCAACAACAAAGAGAAGCGUGGUCUGGCCGUGGACGGCAGACUAAAGGAUGAAGAUACCAACCUGGCUUCUACCACACUCAUUCGUCCUGGCAUGGAUAAAGGAAUGCAGGGAAUCUUAGUUGCUUACAAAAUCAAGGUGAACCUCUUGGUCUCCAGCGGAGGCCUCUUGGGAGGCCUAACAGCCAGUGAUGUCGGAGUAGAAUUACCUUUGGUAUUGAUGUCUCCCAAACCUGCAGAUGUCCCAGUGGAAUAAAUGCCUCUGUGGUGCAGAACGGAUAUCAAAUUUGAGUAGAUUCCCCAACAGAAGAUGCAGAAGGACGAUCAGUAAGAGCAACAGGAACAGACUCGCUGAAAGGACAACUGACACCAAAGAAACUAAGCACCAAUAACAUAUAGCAGAGACCCAAGAGGAUCACAACAACAAUAUUGCUUUCUCUCUUGCUUAGACCCUUCAUCAACAUUACACCUACUGAUGAGGGCACACUGGGAUGGCAUCAUAUAGCAGAUAGAUGAGGGCUCUGAGUCCCCUUGAACGAAACACAAUUAAUUACUAGCCACUAUAGGUCCAAAAGUCAUUUCAAUAGUUUAAAUUGUUUUGCUUUUUAAAGUGAACUCUACAAUAAAGAGUAUAUAACAGCUAUUUAUUUUUUUGCACACAUGAUGGUAUCUCAAAAGGAACUGUACCAGCAUAUGAAAGUUAUAUGAACAGGUGGGGAGCAGUGGGUGGGGGAGAAGGCUGUGGGGGAACCCUGAUUGUGGCACUCUACAUUUCAGCCAUUUAGCAAAAACUCCUAUCCAGAGCAACUUAGUGAAAUCAUCCAUUUUCAUAUUGGUCCCUCAUGGGAAUCGAACCCUCAACCCUAGCAUAGCAAGUGCCAUGCUCUACCAGCUGAGCUACACAGGAUCAUGUUGUAUUCAACAGCAAAAAAAUAAAAAGAUGUUCACCUCCUAC